CCCCCGGCGCCCGGCCCUGCCGCCAGCCCCGAGCUCCUCCAGCCGCCCUGCGCAUCUCUCCGGCCACAUCGUCCGCACCAUGAAGGCGCUCCUGCUCGCUGUGCUGGCCGCGGUGCUGUGCGUGGAGAGAGCCCACACGCUCGUCUGCUUUUCCUGCUCGGAUGCCUCCUCCAACUGGGCCUGCCUGAAGCCUGUCAAGUGCGGAGAGAAUGAGAACCACUGCGUGACGACGUACGUCGGAGUGGGACUCGGCGGCAAAUCCGGCCAGUCCAUCUCAAAGGGAUGCUCUCCCAUCUGCCCCAGCGCCGGGAUCAACCUGGGGAUAGCGGCCGCCUCCGUUUACUGCUGCGACUCCUUCCUCUGCAACAUCAGCGGUUCCAGCAGCGUCCGAGCCAGUUACACGAUCCUGGCCUUGGGAAUUCUCGUCAGCCUCGUCUACGUCCUCCGGGCUCGCGAGUGACGGGGCCGCCUGAGGAAGAGCCGCCUCCCACGGGUCUCGUUAGCCAAUAUCUUCUCUGUUGCUGUCUGCAAGGAGAUCCUCUCUUUCUCAGCAGGCUUCCAAGGUGAUUGUUUCCCGGACUUUUUUUUGCUCUUCCAAGCGCUGGAGACCUGGGCGGUUUGGCCGAGCUGUUCUCCUCCUCCUGUGGACGUCUCCCGCUGCGCUCUCGCUCCUCCUUCGCCGAGGUGGAUGAUUUUUGGAAGGGUUUCUGCUUUUUCUACCUAUUAAUAACGCCCCUCCCACCCCGCCCCUCUCCUCAUUUCUAAGGUUGGGACUCGCUGAGAACAGAUUCACACCCCAGGCACCACCGGGUCUGCUCCAGCACAUGGGCGGCACAGGCAGCGGGAAUGCAGGAUCCAAAGGGAGACACAUUCCCGGCCCCUGGCAGCUGCAGUCUCUUUUUAUAAAAUAGUCUCGUUUCUUCUGAUCCUGGGCUGACUUUUCUGGAAAACCAAUGCCGUGUACCUUGUCCUUCCGAGUUCUGUAAGUGCCAGACAUGAAUAAACUUGCUCCUGUUGUUACCUGAGGUUGGGACGUGUGUGUGUUUCCUUGCUCCAGGGAUUAGGAGCUCUUUCGUGGAAAAUCCCAAUGUUGCACCCGGCACGAGGGUUCCUCACCCUCAGAGCUUCAUCUCCACAUCCUUUCCAGCUGUGAGCAGCAAAUCCAUCUCCUCCCUCCUGCUGUCCUUCCUGAUAAAAAAGCCUCUGGGCCAGCUUGUUCCACCUCGCUUGGGAAUGACUUUUUCCAGGUGCGUUUUAGUGGUGAAUGCCAGGUUUUGGGUUCUGAGCCAACCCUAAUGGAGCAGUUACCCUGGCAGCCGGACGCUGAAGUGAAUCUGCGUUUUACGAAGACUUGGUGCCUCAGUUUCCCCACGAUUGGACUUGUCACGGUGACCACCACGAUGGCGAUACCUGAAUGACCCUGGGCAGCAGGUCUGAAAAGUUUGGUGAAGUCAGAGGAGAGGAUGUCAGUACCCAGAUGUUUAGGUCCAGCCUUCAAUGCCUGAUGGUGCCCAUGGACUGCUGGAGGUGAUUUCCCCACCCAACCUUCCACAUCUGCUGUCCCUCAGCUCCCGGGAUCUUCCCAGGUGUUUUGGCAAGGUUUUUCCUAGAAGUUCUCAGCUGUCCCGUGGGCGAUGUGUCCUCCUGCCCUCUCUGUGUCAUCAGUCCUGCCUACUCUGCUUGCCUCUGGACCUGCUCGACACAAACCAAGCCAAAAUUCAGCCUUAAACUGCCAAGUUCAAGCUUUUUGCCACUUCCACCAGUUGAUCAGAGGUGCACUGGGCUUUUAUUUUUUCCUGUUUCUAGCGGCAAAAUGCAGGCGUUGGCACAUUUUAGCCGUGCCUUGUACCUGCUUCUCCUGUUCUGUGUCAAAACCCAAACAAAAGCUCCACAAACCUUCAGUCCCUCCUCUGUCCCCUCUUCAAGGAGUGGUAAAUGAAAAGGCGGCUGCAGCUGUACAGAAAUACUGGUAACAGAAGUGGUUUUACGUUUUUUUUUUUCCCCCCCACUCCCUUCUCCCCCUUUUUUAAUUAAAGUGACACAUGUUAAUGACAGCUUUUCCAACAGGAGGGAUGGGUCAGUGGGAUGUGAUCUGCAAUUUAGUGGUUAAUUUGGGAAGAAUGCGUCACUCGUGUUGGUCCUUGGAUGUGCCUUCCUUUGGAUAAUGCAUCCUCCUGCGACCGUGGGGGCCUGAGGUGCCCCACAAACCUCUGCUAUGCACAUGGAGCGCAGGGAAAACUGGGGAAAAGCUUCUUAAACUGAGGUGAAUAUUCCCCAGCUUCCCUGUGCCUCUGCCUUCCUCCCAAAAGCGUUCAAAGCCUCGUUUUUUGGGCUCGUUUGUCCCUCAGCACUUGCUGUGACACUGAGGUGGCACCCAGAGCGCUCUACAUUGAAUUUAGGGAGCUCUGUCUGUUCUGUCCAUAUGGAAAAAGGUUUUGGGGUUGGUUUGGGACUCGACUGCCUUUAGCACAGAGCUGAACUUCAGAGCCAUCAGCUGUGUCCUGAUGUCCAUCCAUGCUUUUAUGAGGAUCCUGACGAUGCCACAAUGGACCUGGUGGUCUCCUCCAAGGUUGUCUCCUCUCUCCUUCCUUUCUUGGGGUUCCUUGGCACCAGCUGAGGAUUUGGUUGUGCCAGGGAACAAACGCUCAUGAGAGGAGCAUCCAGAGGCUGCUGAUCCCAAUAAAUAACAAAUUAUUCUCAUGGAAUUGCUAGGGGACUGAGCCGAGGGUCGCUUGGCUAAAUUUCACCUGGAAAUUUGCUUUUCCUUCCUCUCUAUUUUUUUUUGUCUCCUCCUUCCCAUGUACACUACGCUAGAACAUGGAAAAAGGGAUAUUUUCAGUAUUUCCUUUCCUGGCAAAGAUCUCUUGGAUAGAUCCGUGUGUGUUUGAGAGAGGGAGCGGGUGACAGCUUGUCACAGUUGAAUCCCAAGCACUUUCUCAUCACUCAUGCCAACUCUCACUAUUCCUGGUCCUACUCUGGGCUUAUUUUUUGCCCCCAAAUCCCCAGAAUGACAAAUAUGGUGGGAACCUCGUCUGUUGUAAAACCCAGGCCUAAAAAUGGGCGGGUGAGGUAAUUAAAACCAUUAAUAAUAAGGCAAUAAGCAGGAUUUAUGAAGUGUUCAGACUGGUGGGUUGCUAAACCAAAUGCUGGAUUUGGAAUUUGAGGGCUGUGGUGGGGCAGCCCUGAAGGCUUUGGAUGUGUUUCUGUGGGCUGUGGAAUUAAGAGAUCGAAAUCUGAGCAGAAAUCUCUGAUAUUCACCUGUUCUGGCAAGACAAGAGGUUAUGAGGGGAGGGGGUUCGGCUCCCUAGAAGCAUAAAAAUAUCCUGGAAGAGUUUUUUACUGGAAGUUAAGAGCUAAAGUGAAAUACCUGCCCUGUUUGGAGCGCGUUCCUGAGGAAAUGGUUUCAGUGCUUCCAUCCUGGAAAUGGCUGCAAUUCACCAGCAGCUGCUGCCAUCUCCCACUACCCCACCAAGGGCUCGAAUUUCUGUGGAUUGUUCAAAAAUGCUCAAAAUCCCCCGUGGCAUCAGCGCUUCCCACCCGGGAUCUGGGGGUUCGCUGUUUGCCCGAGAGGACUUCAAAAUGAGCACCGUUCUUCCAGCUGGUUUUGAGAAUUGUUAUUUUUUAUUUUUUAUUUUUUUUUUCAGGGCAAAAUUUCUUUUGGAAACCACAAAGCUGACGUGACUUCCUUGCUCCAACUGAGCAAACGAUCAGUUGCCUAAUUGUUACUCCAAGGAUCCACUUUGCUACUCCGAGGAUGUCCUGGAUUGGUGAUGAUUUGCUCAAGUUGGGGUUGUUUUUUUUUGGAAGGGAUUUGUCUUCCAGGGCCUUUAUUUGCCAUAAAAAAAGGAGGCUCCUGUGGUGUCCACGGGAUGAGUUAUAGGAUCCAUGCCCUCUGGAAAAAGCAGAUGUGGUGCACAUCUGGAUGCCUGGAGGUUUAGGUUGGUCUCAGCUUUUUGGGAUGAAGGUGGCUCUGGAUCCUUGAUCCUGGAGGAUUCCACGCCUCCCUGAGUCAAACGGUGGGAUGGGAACAGAAGCUCCUGGUUUUGCAUUUUGGGAAUGCCCACGGUGCCCGGGGAAGCCAAGCCCUGGGUUGUUCCUGCCACCUACUGGCUUUUGCCGGACUCGGUGGAGGAGCUUUGAAGUCCAAAUCUCCGAAAUGGAGGUGGAUGAGCUGCCUCAAACCAAAUGCACCCAAAGCAGAGAGUCAUCAUCAGCAGAGACAGACUGGAGGUUUUAAUUCGUCCAGCUUUGCUCUGAUUGUGGAAAUUGAGAAAUAAAAGGCUUGAGAGGCUUCCCAAGUCCCACAUUUUCAAUGGGGACACUUUUUUUCCCAGCCCUAAUCCUCCCGUUUCAUCGUAUGAAAAUAUAUUAAGCCAAUAAAAUGUUGCAGGAAGGAAAAAAAAAAAAAAAAAAAAAAAAAAAAAGUUGGCACGUUUUAUUUCAGCUUUCUUGGAUGAUCCGAGGUGGUUUCCCUGAAAUGUUGAUUUUACUAAUCCCUGUCUGUGAGAUUUGUAACCGUGUUUUAUUGUAACGGGAUAAGCGGGAUAAAGAAGCAUCCAUCCCUUUAAAUAUAUUAACCUAAGUAUAAGUGAAGUGUAUGUUCCAUCUUGUUUCUUAAACGCUAAUUAAAAAAAAUAUAUAUAUGUGGAAUUAAUAAAAAAAAUACACUUGGA